UAUCAACAACCCUACUAGAAAGUGUGAUGAAAUUCCGAAAUUCACUUGGAGUUUUCGACCUCACUCUUUGCGUAUCUGUUCAUAACAUUAUCUGUAUUUUCGACCUCACUCUUUGCGUAUCUGUUUAUAACACCGUCUGUAGUUUAUGCUGCAGACCGGCAGCGAGAGCCACUGUAAAUGUCAACAACAAUUCGAAAAAUGAAAGAAGUGAAACGUGAUCAACAGCAGCAAAAUUCGUAAACAUUACACAAGCCCGCUUUCACUUUCACUAGUGCAGUCUCGAAUUUUUGCUGUGAAAACCAUAGGCUUAAGAUAUUUUUCUGUAGUGUUCCGAUCAAUCUAACGCCAAACGAAGAUCUCCCAUGAGUUGCGUUUUGGAUCUGCGGGAGAACAACUUGAAACGAAAUGUCGCUACUAACAGUAUCGCGACUAAUAGUGACUGGGUCUGCCUUGAAACGUUCACCGUGGUUGCUGCAAGGCCUCCGUGGUGUUCAAUUUAGGAGUGCCGUUGCUUGCGCAAGUAUUUUUCGGACCAGAUACGGUGACGGUGGCCGCAUCUGCCUUGUUUCGAAGAUAUAUGGAAAGUCAAACGUUACUAAGUAUCAACCCUUCUGUAGUAAGGCACCUGAUAAGGAAAAGGGUCUGGUGGAACCGAUUGAGGAACCAGCCAAAUUGGGUCUUUUCGCACGAUUUAAGAAAAUGUACAAAGAGUACUGGUACGUGCUUGUUCCAGUGCAUUGUGUGACAUCUGCUUUCUGGUUAGGCGGGUUUUACUAUGCUUCGAAAAGCGGCGUAGACGUGAUUGCCCUUCUAGAAUCGAUGGGUGUUUCUGAGAAGCUGAUCAAUCCGGUGCGCGAUUCUAGUUUGGGACACAUUGCGGUUGCCUAUCUGCUGUACAAGAUUGCUACUCCGGCGCGGUACGCUGUAACGUUAGGUGGAACUACGGUUUCCAUUAAAUAUCUAGUUCAGUGGGGAUAUAUCAAGCCGAUGCCUACCAAAGCCGCCUUAGUCCAGAUGUAUAAGGACCAAAAGGAGAAUCUGCAAGAGCGGAUUGCAGAAAAAAAGCAAGACUUCCAGGACCGAAAACAGCAGCUAGAGGAACGUAAAAAAAGCCUUAUGGAUGAUUACCAACAAUACAAGAGUGGGACGAAGUCUAUUAAGGAUAAGAAAGAAGAUGUAAGAACUGAGAGCAAGUAGUAGCUGCGGACUGUAAUAUUUUAAAUUUUACUUUUUUGUGUUCUUUGCUGGCCGUGCCAGUCACGUCGCAGCUACUCUCGUAACUAAACUUCUCGUAACUGACACCCAAUGAGAGGAUUACUUUUUACCUCCAAGGUAAACCCGAGCUGGCAAUACUUAUUUAUCGCAAAGCCUGUUGUUGUCCUUGACAUCUGAGCAAAUAAAACUAAAGUUGAAGUUUGUUGAACUCUUUAUUUAUGUUAA